AUGAACGUAGCAGAUGAUGCUACCAAAUGGCAGGGGCUGCCCGAUCUAUCCAAUGAAAGCAGAUGGUUUCGAGGUCCCAGAUUUUUAUAUGAAGACGUGGAUAAAUGGCCGGUUUUUUGUAAGCGUAUCGAUUCAACGAAUACUGAACUGCUGACAAGUUUGCUAGUCCACCACACCUCUCCGGCUCCGGUAAUUUGGGUCCAAAAUUUCUCUAACUGGAAGAGGCUUCAACGAGUUACGGCCCUAGUGCACCGUUUCAUCAAGAAUUGUCGUCAUCAGUCGAAGAAGAAAGAGUUUAAACGUGGAAUACUAACCAGUCAAGAGCUUAGCGCAGCGGAAGCGCUUCUGUUACGCAUCGCCCAACAGGAAGGAUAUCCGGAAGAGCACCGCAUACUCCAAGUUCACCAGGCUGAAACUCCUACAAAAGCUGUUUCAAAAUCCAGUACGCUCUACACACUAUCUCCGUGGAUAGACGAGCGGGGAAUUAUGCGAAUGAAAACGCGAAUCGCUGCGUGCCAGUAUGCCUCCGAAGAUGCAAAGAAUCCCAUCAUCCUUCCAAGAAGGCACCAUAUAACCACCUUAAUAAUACACCACUACCACGAUAACUAUCACCACCAAAACCAUGAAACAGUCAUAAACGAGCUCCGCCAAAAAUACCAAAUACCACGUUUGCGCACCUGUUAUAAUCAAGUCCGCCGAAAUUGCCAGAAAUGCAAAAACGACCAGUCUACACCGAAGGUGCCGAUGAUGGCCGAUCUUCCGCCAGGACGUUUGGCUGCCUUUUCUCGACCAUUCACACACGCUGGAGUAGAUUAUUUCGGUCCAAUCGAAGUAGUUGUUGGCAGGAGAACUGAAAAACGUUGGGGAAUGUUGGUGACAUGCUUGACCAUCCGUGCAAUCCAUAUCGAAGUCGUUAAUUCGCUCAGCACCGAUUCCUGUGUUAUGGCCCUUCGAAACUUUGCCGCUCGUCGCGGUCAACCUCGCAAGAUUUACAGCGCCCGAGGUAUAAACUUUGUUGGCGCUAACAAAGAGCUGCAGAAACUAGAUGCGAUCAUCAACCAAAGUGAAAUUAUGAGGGAGUUUACGACCACCGAGACCGAAUGGGUCUUUAACCCUCCCAUGGCUCCACACAUGGGUGGCAGUUGGGAGCGGUUGAUACGAACCGUCAAGAAGAACAUGCUGAGUGUCUGCACCACCAAGAAUCUGUCCGAUGAAGUAUUGCGGAAUCUACUGACGGAGAUCGAAAAUGUAGUGAAUUCCCGACCACUCACACACGUUCCAGUAGAUGACGAUUCAGGCCCAGCACUCACUCCGAACCAUUUUUUGGUCGGUUCAUCGAACGGGUCUAAACCGCUCACAGAUAUAGAUAACACCGGUCAUGCCUUGAAGCAGAAUUUAUGUACAUCUCAGAUCCUGGCAAAUCUGUACUGGAAACGUUGGGUUUCUGAUUACCUUCCGGAGAUUACCCGUCGAUCUAAGUGGUUUCAACCAACCAAACCCAUCGUUGUCGGGGACAUUGUGGUAAUUGCAGACCCUAGAUCUCCUCGGAACUGCUGGCCGAAAGGAAGGGUUAUAUCUACGACUCCCAGCCGGGAUGGCCAAACUAGAUCAGCGACCGUUAAAACUAUUUCCGGAGUCUACGAGCGCCCAGUGGCGAAGUUGGCGAUUCUGGACGUUCAGCGCGUGGAGCAGUAA